AUGCCUACAGCAAGACACUGUUCUCAUUCUCUCCUUGCUGAGACAAGUUUCUCUGCUGCCCAUGUAGUCAUUUGCAGACUGUUCCUCAUUCAUAUUUUUCUCCUUGCUGAGAUAAGCUUUUUCUGCUGCCUAGCAGCUGCGCACACUGUUCCUCAUUCAUAUUUUCUCUCCCUUUUGCUGAGACAACUUUCUUUAACUGUUCCUCAUUCAUAUUUUUCUCCUUUUGCUGAGACAAGUUUCUCUCAUGCACUGCCACUUUCAUUCAUAUUUUCUCCCUUUGUUGAGACAAGUUUUGCUGCCCAUGAUGACACUGUUCCUCAUUCAUAUUUUCUCUCUUUGUUGAGAGAAAGUUUCUCUGCUGCCCAUAGCACUGCGCAGACACUGUUCCUCAUUCAUAUUUUUCUCUCCUUUGCUGAGAUAAAUAUUCAUAAUUUUCUCAUUCCUUUCCUUGAGAUAAGUUUCUCUGCUGCCCAUAGCACUGCGCACACUGUUCCUCAUUCAUAUUUUCUCUCCUUUGCUGAGAUAAGUUUUCUGCUGCCCAUAGCACUGCCCACUGUUCCUCAUUCAUAUUUUUCUCCUUUGUUGAGAUACUGCGCACACUGUUCUCAUUCAUAUUUUCUCUCCUUUGCUGAGAUAAGUUUCUCUGCUGCCCAUAGCACUACUUACACUGUUCCUCAUUCAUAUUUUCUCUCCUUUGCUGAGAUAAGUUUUCUGCUGCCCAUAGCACUGCGCACACUGUUCCUCAUUCAUAUUUUUUCCUUUGUUGAGAUAACACUGCGCACACUGUUCCUCAUUCUAUUUUCUCUCCUUUUGCUGAGACAAGUUUCUCUGCUGCCCAUAGCACUGGGCAGCACACUGUUCCUCAUUCAUAUUUUUUCUCCUUUGCUGAGACAAGUUUCUCUGCUGCCCAUAGCACUUUUCACUGUUCCUCAUUCAUAUUUUCUCUCCUUUGCUGAGACAAGUUUCUCUGCUGCCCAUAGCACUGCGCACACUGUUCCUCAUUCAUAUUUUCUCUCCUUUGCUGAGAUAAGUUUCUCUGCUGCCCAUAGCACUGCGCACACUGUUCCUCAUUCAUAUUUUCUCUCCUUUGCUGAGACAAGUUUUCUGCCCAUAGCACUGCGCACACUGUUCCUCAUUCAUAUUUUCUCCUUUGCUGAGAUAAGUUUCUGCUCAUCAUGCACACUGUUCCUCAUUCAUUUUCUCUCCUUUGCUGAGAUAAUUUCUCUCCCAACACUGUUCCUCAUUCAUAUUUUCUCCUUUGCUGAGAUAAGUUUCUCUGCUGCCCAUAGCACUGCGCAUUACACUGUUCCUCAUUCAUUUUUCUCCUUUGCUGAGACAAGUUUCUCUGCUGCCCAUAGCACUGCGCACACUCACUGCAAGCACACUGUUCCUCAUUCAUAUUUUCUCUCCUUUGUUGGAGACAAGUUUCUCUGCUUGCCCAUAGCACUGCACACUGUUCCUCAUUCAUAUUUUCUCUCCUUUGUUGAGACAAUUUCUGCUGCCCAUAGCACCGCGACACUGUUCCUCAUUCAUAUUUUCUCCUUUGAUGAGAUAAGUUUCUCUGCUGCCCAUAGCACUGCUAACACUGUUCCUCAUUCAUAUUUUUCUCCUUUGUUGAGACAACACUGCGACACUGUUCCUCAUUCAUAUUUUCUCUCCUUUGCUGAGAUAAGUUUCUCUGCUGCCCAUAGAAUCAUACAAGUGACACUGUUCCUCAUUCAUAUUUUCUCUCCUUUGCUGAGAGAUAAUUUCUCUGCUGCCCAUAGCACUGCGCACACUGUUCCUCAUUCAUAUUUUCUCUCCUUUGCUGAGAUAAGUUUCUCUGCUGCCCAUAGCACUGCGCACACUGUUCCUCAUUCAUAUUUUCUCUCCUUUGCUGAGAUAAGUUUUCUGCUGCCCAUAGCACUGCACAUUCACUGCUGCCUUACAUUAAUUGUUCCUCAUUCAUAUUUUCUCUCCUUUGCUGAGAUAAGUUUCUCUGCUGCCCAUAGCACUGCGCACACUGUUCCUCAUUCAUAUUUUCUCUCCUUUGCUGAGAUAAGUUUCUCUGCUGCCCAUAGCACUGCGCACACUUUUCUCUGCUGCCCAGUGCACUGCGCAUACUGCCCCUCAUUCAUAUUUUUCUCUCCUUUGCUGGAGAUAAGUUUCUCUGCCCAUAGCACUGCGACACUGUUCCUCAUUCAUAUUUUCUCUCCUUUUGUUGAGACAAAUAAGCUUCUGCUGCCCAUAGCACCGCGCACACUGUUCCUCAUUCAUAUUUUCUCUCCCUUUGCUGAGAUAAGUUUCUCUGCUGCCCAUAGCACGCGACACUGUUCAUUCAUAUUUUUCUCCUUUGUUGAGAUAAGUUUCUCUGUUGCCCAUAGCACUGCGCACACUGUUCCUCACACUGAGAUAAUUUCUUCUGCUGCCCAUAGCACUGUUCCUCAUUCAUAUUUUCUCUCCUUUGCUGAGAUAAGUUUCUCUGCUGCCCAUAGCACUGCGCACACUGUUCCUCAUUCAUAUUUUCUCUCCUUUGCUGAGAUAAGUUUCUCUGCUGCCCAUAGCACUGCGCACACUGUUCCUCAUUCAUAUUUUCUCUCCUUUGCUGAGAUAAGUUUCUCUGCUGCCCAUAGCACUGCCAACACUGUUCCUAUUCAUAUUUUUUCUCCCUUUGCUGAGAUAAACAAGUUUCUCUGCCUGCCUAGCACUGGCAUUAAUUGUUCUCAUUCAUUUUCUCUCCUUUGCGGUGCCCAUAGCAUAUGCACACUGUUUCUCCUCCUUGUUGAGACAAGUUUCUCUGCUGCCCAUAGCACUGCGCACACUGUUCCUCAUUCAUAUUUUCUCUCUUUAAGUUUCUCUGCUGCCCAUAGCAUCAUGCACACUGUUCCUCAUUCAUAUUUUCUCUCCUUUGCUGAGAUAAUUUCUUCUGCUGCCCAUAGCACUGCACACUGUUCCUCAUUCAUAUUUUUCUCCUUUGUUGAGAUAAGUUUCUCUGCUGCCCAUAGCACUGGCAAAGACACUGUUCCUCAUUCUUAUUUUUUCUCCUUUGUUGAGAUAAGUUUUCUGCUGCCCAUAGUGCAUCAUGCACACUGUUCCUCAUUCAUAUUUUCUCUUUGUUCCUUUGCCCAUAGCACUGAGACACUGUUCCUCAUUCAUUUUCCUUAUUUUCUCCAUGAGAUAAGUUUCUCUGCUGCCCAUAGCACUGCGCACACUGUUCCUCAUUCAUAUUUUUCUCCUUUGUUGAGAUAA